AUGGGAAUCCAAAAUCUCCUGAAAUUCUUAAAACCGCUCGCGCGGCCAACGCACAUCAGCGAAUUCGCGGGUCAGACGAUCGGCGUCGACGCGAUGGGCUGGAUACAUCGCGGCGCGGUCGCGUCCGCGGUGGAGCUCCUCAAGGGCGAGGAAACCGACAAGUUCCUCCGCUUUGUCGUUCACAUGAUCAUGCUUCUCAAGUACCACAGAGUCGAGCCUCUCCUCGUGUUUGACGGCGCUAAGAUUCCAGCAAAGUCCGCCGAAGACGACAAGCGACAACAAGCUCGGCAGAAAGCGUCUGAGGAAGCCAGGCAGCUGCUGCGGAAGAACGAGGAAGCGAGACGAGCGGGACGAAAGCCGCCGGUCGAUAGUCGAGAGCUCCUGACCAAGUGCACGCAGGGGCUCUCCAUUACCCCUCAGAUGAUCGAUUCGGUUAUAUCCGCUUGCCGGUCGCUUAACGUGGCCUUCCUCGUGGCGCCUUACGAAGCUGAUGCGCAACUUGCAUACCUUGCGCGAACUGGAAAAAUCGCCGCUGCGGUAUCGGAAGACAGCGACCUGCUGGCGCACGGCUGCGCGCAAGUUCUUUUCAAACUGGACAAGGAGGGCAACUGCGAACGCCUCAUCCUGCCUCUCAAAGACGGCCCCCAUGCGCAUGCGCCUCUGCCUGAGAAGCUUAGGAUGUUUACAGCCAUGUGCGUCCUCGGAGGCUGCGACUACACGCACGACAUUCACAUAAACGGCCUCGGCAUCAGCACAGCCUGCAAGUUCGUGCACAAGCUCGGGCGGCUAGAGCGCGUCAUCAUGUAUCUUUUCAAGGACGACAAAUGGAAGAAGAAGCUCACGCAGCCGCAGGAAAAGGUGCUGCGCGGCCACCGGACCGCCAUGGUGGCCUUCACGCAUCAUCGAGUUUACGACGUGAGCACGGGCGACGUCGUUUCGGCCUCUUCGGUUCCGCUGUCGCGCUGCGGUGCUCCGGGCUCUUCUGCCUCGCCCACCGCCUUCAGCGACUCCUCCUCGGCGUCGGCGUCUCUCUCGCGCGCCUCCGCUGCCGUCUGUUCGUCGACCGAGGCCUCGGAGUCGUCUGAGACGGAGAAGGAGAACGUCUCCCCCGAGCAGACGCAGACGUGCGAGACGAGCCGAAGGCAGCGAACACAGGCAAUCAAACAGGCGGACGAUGGCUGGAAGACGGACGCCGCAGGCGAAGCAGGCAGCGCCGCGGAAGACCUCGAUCCUCUCGAGCGAGACGACAGCGAAGGCGAAGCGGCUCGAGCCAGGAUUGUGGGGGAGUGCCUGGAGAACUUCCGCCCCUAUGCACUCGGCCUGUUGAAUCCAAGAACGCAUCAGCCGCGAGCGACGCUGUUGAACAGAAAGGAGAAGACGCUCGUGGAGGACUACCGCUCGCGAGCCCUGGUGCGACUCCACGAGUCGCACAUCCUCGCCGUCAACGCCCGCGAGCGCCAGCUCCUCCAGACUCCCUCCCCCCCCCUGCCGCCCUCGCCAGCAGGCUCUUCUGCAUGCGCCUCUGCGUCCGCCGGUCCAAGCACCGCGUCGGCCUCUGUUGUCGCGGCGUCGUCGGGCGCAGCCGAGUCCGCCGUGUGUAGGCCUUUGGAGUCGCUCGCGGGCUCGGACUCGGGGCGCGUCGCGCCCGCCUCCGCAGCCGCGUUGGCCUCGUUCGUGUGGGGCGGCCGCGGGCCUGCGCCCGAAGGCGCCGCGACCGCGGAGACAGCCGCGCGGGCGCAGGAGAGCGAAGACAGCCGCGUGACACGUGCCUUGGGCGCGUUUUCGCUCUUCGUGGAGGGAAGUGUGAAGCGGCCGCGGGUCGCCGAUGCCGCGGGCAGCGCAGGACUGAAGCGCUUUCGAGCUGGGGCUUGCGAGGGCGCAGCGCCACGCGGAGAAGUCCGGGCGACGCCCGCCGCAGAGGACGCCGACGCGGGAGACAGCCAGUGUGAGAAUGCGAGCGAAAAGGCGCCACGCGGCCGCGUCGAGAAGGAAGUGGAGGAAGAAAGGAGUCGGGUCGUCGUGUCGGCAGAGACGCCAGGCAAGGGAGGGCAGCUGAAGCUCAGCUUUCUCGCAGUCAAGAGGAAACGAGUCGUCGACGUCACGUGCGCGGCACCGGCAGAGCGGACCGACGCACCGCGAGACAGCGGAUCGCGCAGACAGAGUGACGAAGAACGCAGCCAGGCCCGUGGCAGUUCGAGUUUUCCUUCCGCUUCGUCGUCGCUGGCGCGUCGCGGAAACUCCGCUGUCGCCAGUCUCUCGCAGGUUUCCGCCUUCGGGGCGUUCACACACCGCGCCGGCGAGGGCGCCUCCGAGGCGGAGAAGGCCGGAGACGAGGGCGGACUCUCCCCAGAGACGCGGACGAGCGAAGAGACCUCGCACGCUCGCUCGACGGAGGACGGCUGUCUCUCCACGACACCGGCCUCCACGUCCACCUCUGCCGCCUCCUCCUGCCUCUCCUCUCAAGACUCCUCUUCCCCCGCAUCUGCGCCGGCCCUGCAGUCUUCGUCAGUCUCCGCGUCUUCGGUUUGCCUCUCGUUCUUCGCGUUCUCGACCGCCAAGAAGGAAAAGAAAAAGUUCGCAGCCGGGUUCGAGGCGGCGUCGGGCGCUGGCGACGUUGUGCGGACGCGGUGGCGCCUCGGCGGCUGGCAGGAGACGGAGCCUCGCUCUCCGGUUUCCUUCACGAAGGCGAAGAAGAGAUAA